AGGUGGUACCAUUAGGUACAAGAAAGAACAGCAACAGACUAUUCACGUAUCAACAUAGCCGCGCUUUGCAGUCAAGGGGCACAACGGUGAGUGCUUUUGGUCCGUCGUCGAGGUAAGAUGGCUGACGUGGUCGCGGGCUCUGAUGGGGAACCCGGUCCAGCAGCUGGCGGGCCUCCCUACCUAUACGAAGCGGAGGUCGUUCGCGAUUACGUCGAUCCUGAGGAGGGAGAACAUACUUAAGGCGGAGAAGAAAUUAUAGACUUUUUUGCCAUGUUGCUCUGCUAGUUGUUUCCUAUUUGCGAUGCAUGUACUUCCACUUCAUCUACAUGUUUCUUUUACUAGUUGUCGUUGUGCAACAUCAAUCAAAUAAUACUAGCAUCUGCAGGAUGGGAACGAUGUUGGUACUAGCUCUAAUCCCCGUUGCGACUGAUCACAGGCGAGCGCAUAUUCGUAUGCGAAACGGACGAGGAAAGUUCAUGGUGGGGCGGCUAUCGAACUUGCAAUCCAGAUUUCUGUGGCUGGUUUCCAAGCCCCUACGUGAAGAAGAUUCCAGGAUCUGAGCAAAUUCAAGAGGAACUAGAGGUUGUCCCGGACGAUCAUGUAGAAUUAGUGUUAGAGGCGAAUCCCGGUCCUACUGGUCACGAGAAGGAGGUUAUAGCGAUGAAAGCAGAGGAGGAACAAGUCGUUGCAAGUGGAGAGGAUGCGACAGUGAAGCCAGGUACAACGAGCAAGAAAGGGUCGCCGGAUUCGACCGUGGCCGAGUCGCUUUCAUGUUCCACGAAGGAAGAAGACCAUUCGGCUUCUGUCGCCAGUCCCGGGAGUAGAAGAACGAGCAAAGAGUCGUCUGUAAAUGUUGCGUCGACUGCCGGAGGUGGUGUAGGGUCUACUUCAGGUGCAUCCUCCUUAGUCGGGGCAGGAGGAUCAACUACGUCGUCUUCACUCCGGGGAGUAGGAGGAGGUAUAGCUAGUGCUUUAACAAGUAAACAGAGUACAACGGCAAACAGCACAACUUUGUCUGGAUCCUCUUGCGGCCCAACAGGAGCAGUAACUGGACCUUCUAGUGCGACGGCUGCUAGCACCGCUGGCACAGCGGCCAUGGCCACGGGCGGACCCAGUCCUAUGAAGAAGAACAAGUCAGUCCUCGACCGAUGGAGGCAUGGCGCCAACGCACCUCCGCCAGAACCAGAGAAGGAAACUUCAGAGGAAGUAGGGGCGAAGCAGGAGGACGACAAGACAGGUACUGGAUCAGAUGUAAUUACAGAGAAGAAAGAAGUUGAAACAGUAACAACAGGCAGGAGCAAGACUACAAGAGAAGCUACUCCUGCUGCACCAGCUGCAUUAGUUGAAAACACUACGGUGGACCUUUUGGAAGGCACGUUGUCGAAGACGGGAGCAUCAAUUAGUUCGCCUGGUGCUAGUCUUGCGGACACGCCUCCAAAGCGAAAUUAUGGUCGCUUCGUACCUCGUGUGAGACCGACAGCAACACGGGAAGGAGAGAACAACGAUACAAGUUCUUCGAAGACGAUCGGCAUGGGAUCCGGUAAUACAGAUAACGUUAGAACAAGGCGAGUCGAAAGCGCUUUCGCGGAUGUGCUAGACCAUAAAAAGGAGCAACGGGAGGCAGCUGAUCGUGAAAUCGAACAGGAAAAGCUCCAGCAGGUACAAAUCUUCUUUCAUAAUCUUUCAAUUCAUAAUGCAAGAGAAGGAGCACUCGCACGGCUAUUUUUCAAGAACUACUCUCCGAAUCAAUCAUGAUCUAAUUGGCCGUGAAUUGGUUUUGCUUGCAUCGUCACGAAUCUUCUAUUCAGGUUCGCAUGAGCCACGACAUCAGGAUUCUGAAGGAGCAGGUGGAGGAUCUCAAGAAGGAACUAGAUCGAAAGGAUACGCAACUAUCGCAAUUGCAGACGGAUAAAAGGCGGCUUGGCGAUGAUGGGGACCGCAAGAGAGAUGGACUCCUAAAAUUCAUUGAAGCUAAGCUUGGCGAGAAAUUGAGUACCGCACAAAUCGAAGCUGUCGAGAGUGGGGAUGUUGACGCGAAGAACAUUCCAAAUACGAAGGGCUUGGGGAAUAAACAGUUCUUCGUACAUGGAAGAACAUUUUUCUAGGAUAAGCAUAGCAAUGUUCAUCUGAAUCAUUCGUAGCUACACGGAACUGACUGUUACCGGACUAUUUUUGAGUAUCCUCGACAACAUUUUGUUAAGGCGACAACUUCGCGGCCCAGCACUGAAACAUUUGAAAACUUUCACAACAGGCAAGUAGUCCUGGAGACGAGAGUCGUAGUUCUAUUGAAGCCCCUUUGAAACGGGAGGUGAAAAAGCUGCAGGAGGAGGUAGAAACGCAGAAACGGAAGCUAGAAGAGGCGACGCUCAAAGCGGAGCGCUUGGAGACGGACUGCGCACAAAAAGAGUCCGACAAGGAGUACCUGAACCAUUUGCUGGACGAAAGUUACAGACUGUGGAAAGUGGACAACUCAGAGCGCGGAAAGUGGGGUAAUAUUCAGAAUAUUUUCGCAAUUCAGCGCCUGCUUGUUUUAUUUGAAUAGAUAUAGAUUGAAACUGAUUGUGGCCGUGUCUGAUUAAUUUGAUGUUCUCCAUUGGCGUAAAAACAAAUAAACCAUGAGCAUGACUGAAAAUAUACGACUAGACCAUUUUUCAGUGAAAGAAUCUAGUAUCUGAUACUGAUUCCUGUUCUUCCUCUUUCAUCAUGGUCACGACCACCCUAGUUCAAAAGUAUUACGACCGCUACAUCGAAUUGGAGGGCAUGCUGAUCAACAGUGACACGGAGGAAGGCGUUCGGAGAAUAAACGCAAUCCGGCCGUUGCUGUUGGAAAAGCGCGAGAAAAGGGCAGCGGCGAAAGAAAAGAAGAAGAAUUCGACGUCGACGAGUAUCUACUUCGAGUUUACGCUUGAAGAUUUUGUCCCAUCCUCGAUAUUGAUGUCUUCAUGAUUACUGAAUUAGAAUUUUCUUCGAAAAAGAGUCGGGAUUUGAUUGCUACUUCUCCGUAGAAAAUUGUUGACUUCGUCCCUCUCUUAGGUGGUCCCGACAAGAUGCAGAGUUUACAUUCUUCAAUCGGUCUUGGAAGUACUACUUCAACGCGGCCCAGGCGAUCGGAUAUCGUCGCAAGUAUGCCAGAGCCUCCGAUAUCCGCACGUGGCGGGCAACCUCCACUAAGUGCCACACGAUCUGUGCCUGCUAAGACCACAGGCAAUAACUCGCAAAGCCAUCAUCAGCUAUCCGCUUCGUUAUCCGCGAGUCGCAGCAAUGGCGUCCAUCGGUCCAUUUCGACCUCGAGUAAUUGUAUGACGCCGCAGCCGGCGCCGUCACGUAGCGCACGCACACCUGCUAGCGCAAUGCAGAACAAGAAUCGGGCGCCAGUCGCGCUGACGAUCAAUCUGUCUGGCAUACAACAUGGAGGUGGAGAUUCGGGACCUUCUAGUAGCGGGACCUCGGGGGUUGGCGGCAGUCUGCUAAUUGUUCCUUCAGCUACGGACGGCACUUCAGCAGGAGACGGCAACUCUACAAGUGGAGCAGGAGUUGCACCACUGUCAGCGCGGGGGCCGGUACCAGAUUCCGCCCGCUGGGGCGACACGCCGGCCGCCCGCAGGAAGAGGCGGGAAGAGCUGCUAGAGCGAUCUUCGCAGAUGCUAGAGGGAGCAAGCAAGCAGACUCCUCGUCCGUCGGUUGACCUCUCCUCGAGUCGCCGCGUCAUUUCGGGACUCCACCGCGAACUCUCCUGCACCUCGAACUCAGGAGCAACCGCCGGAUCAGGCGUGUUAACGCAUACAUCGAGCAUCGCGUCUUCAGGAGCUGCUUCCACGACUUCGCGACGCUUAUCCGGAGGUCCAACUACAAAGGGCCUGGGGGCCGAGUGGACUCCGUCGACCAGACCCGCCCCAGUGCGGAAGCCAACAGGUGUGAUGCUGCCAGGUGCAGGCAUACUUGGAGGCACGACUGGUGGAGCCGACUCCACUCAACAGCAGGAGUUUGAGCCGACUUUUGUCUCGUCCCCAACUAUCAAUGAUCUAACCUCAAACAAGAACGAACGACGAAGCAGUAUCAAAGAUCGGAUGCAGGCAUUCGAACGAUAA